AUGACCGGGCCAGCCGAUGCCGCUGGCCCACUCCGCGUCUCGCAGCGGCGGCCCCUGGCGUGUCGAGAGUCCGUGCGACUCCGCCGGAACGCUGUGCAACACGCGUCUGAGAUUCAAUUCCUGAGCUCAAUAUUGGGGGAGCUUGACUCUGGCUCCAAACAAAAGCUGCCUCACAUUGCCCAAAAGUUGCGAGAUCGCAUUUCGCAGCUACAAACGGGCGAAUUGUCCACGCAGGCUGAUGAAAACAGCCCUGGAUUGCUGCAGGAAGAUAUUAAGCACCCGGACCACUUUGACGAAAAGCAGGCGCUGCAUCGACUGGCCGAGGCGGCCUCGGAGGGUCCAGAUCCACCGCUUCUCACAGCGAUAGAGCACCUUGCUUGGGGCCGAAACUCAGCGGGGUGUUUUCCCCAUAGGAGGUGCGCCUGCCAAUAUCGCCGGGAUAACCCGGAGGCGCUGUCGAUGAACAGCGGGUCCUUUCAAAUACACGGGUCUGCAUUGGAGUCUAUGAUAUUUAUUCCCAUGACAAACGAUGCUCAAAAGCUUAUCAAAUUUCAUAUUGGCCAUCUAACAUGGCAUCACAACUGUUUUCACGGAGACACCUUCCUUGAGCAGUGUGAUCUGUUUUGGAGCACAGGAAGAUGCGAUAACCCGCUCUGGAUAGCACUCUAUCUCUCCGUUUUGAGUUGCACUGUCAAUUCAAUCCAGAAUAGCCGCAAGCUGAAAGGUCUGCUCAAUGUUGACCUUGACGCCAUGCCAUCGGCUCAGAAACUCUUCUCUGCCAUGGUUCAAACUUUGUAUAACUCUCAUUUUCUGAACAAUCUUUCCAUAUACUCCGUCCAGGCCAUUGUGAUUUCGACGGAGGUUGCUCAUAACCUUGGCCUUAGCCAUUUAAACGCCACGAUGUUCAAUGCUGCUGUCCGAAUUGCUGAGUGCCUGGGGCUUCAUAAAAUCAAGGACCACCCGUCACCAUUGACACAGAACCGAGAUCAAUGGGAAGAACGAGUGGAGCGAGAAGUUGGAAGGCGAGUAUGGUGUCAAAUGAUCAUUCAAGAUCACUUCGCUAUACCGUUUACCGACACCUACAGCAUCUCGCCUAUGCAUUACUCGACGGAUCGUCCUUUAAAUGCAGAGGAGCAUAAUCUGAUUGAAUUGCCAACCAACAUACCUACGAUCAGUACCUACGUGAGGGUGCUCGUGGAACUCGCCGCUUUAAUGCCAGGUCUGGUUGAUGGCCUGGGCCCAAUGAAUAAGCGCAAGUCCCGCCGCGAACAAUACGAGCAUAUUCUUCAAGUGGAUCAGAAGAUGCGGGCUGUAGUGAAAGGUAUACCAUCAUUUCUGUUGCGACCCGACAAGGCAAAAGAGUCGAAGAUCCCUUGGCUCAGCAUCGUACGUCGAAGUCUGGCUAUCACGGCAGCCGAGAAGAUUAUCAUGAUUCACCGACCGUUUCUUUUCCGCUCAUUUCAUGACCCAAAUUAUGGCCAUUCAAGACGUACGUGCAUUGCGGCUGCGAUGACCAUCCUGCGUGAACAUGAAACAAUUGCCAAGGAGGAAGACCUAUCCAUCUGGACUCACACAGCAUUUGCUAUCACAGCUGCGGUUAUUCUGUGCUUUGAAGUUAAUGCCACCGUGAAAGAUCCCAAUGAUGGCAAAGUGGAAUUGUACAGAGAGGCUGUGGUGGCUGCUCGCGAGCGUCUUGCUUUACGAAAUCACGAUUUACUCGCCCAGCGUGGCGUUGCUCUUAUCGAUGCUAUUCUCAUUGCCGAAGAGUCCAACUUUGGUGCCAAAGAAAGCAAACGGGGCGGUCAUAUUGACUUCCACCGGAUUUUCGCCAAUUUUUCGACCUUGAGCAGAGUGAUUCUCAACCCUGAAGAUGAGAUGGUGUUCGGCAGGUUUCCGGGUAACAGCCCGGACGACUUUCGUAGUGUGGACACCAACGAGAUACAAUUUUCCUGGAACCAGGAAGAGAUUGAUUUCGAGAGUUGGUUCAAUGGUAUUUUCAACGACUUUCAGCCGUCUCCACUCUGA